AUGGAGAAAAAGCUUUUGUAGUAGUUUGUACUGCACUUCGGUGAUUCACAAAUCUAGAGAGAGAGAUGGAGGAAUCGCAAGAAAUUCUACUGAAGUCGCUGGCGAACUCAGGAGUUGCGAUCCCACCAGGCGUGUCUUCGAUCAGAGACCUAACGCCGGCGACGUUGUUCUCAAUCUGCGCACAGUCGCUCCGCCUCGUCGAUGCCACCGCUUCUCUCCCCGCCUCCCUUCCCGACUUGAUGGCCGACCGCCUCAAGAUCUGCACCGACCUCGCCGCCGCCGUCUCUGACCUGGGUUUCAUCGGAGACUUGAGUUUCCACAAGUUCCUGUAUCCAUCAGAAGAGGACUUGUAUAAGUUGGUGAGAUUCUUAGUGAAGAGUCUGUCUGAAUUACCAGAAGAACAUGGAGAAGCUGCUGACAAAGUGAAUAUUACUACUGGUACAAUAACAAAGGAAAAUGACUUUGAGGACUCAUCUUCUAAGGAAUUGACUGAGAAUGCUAAUGCUCAUAGGGCAGAUCUGAAUUUUGAUGAUGCUAGAACCAAAUUAGAAUAUCUGAGAUUGAAUACUGAACUGCCAGAAUCCUCCAGUACCAGGUCUGCAGAUACUUUUAUCAGUGGAUCUCACAAGACUAGUCUUAUUCAACAAAGGAUUGGCCAUAACGAGGAGGAUAUGAGAAGUGUACAAGAUCAAAAUGAGUCAAUGGAAAGACUUGUGAAUUCUGCAAUUGAAGCAUCCGAAAAUGAAGAAUCCGGAGGUCCAAUGGAUGAUAAGCAUGUUUUAGGGUUUGAGCAGAAACUAAUUGAUCCAAGAAAGCAAUCAUCCGAGAUGAGACACGAGAUUGGGAAAUUACGCACUCAAGAAAAAGUGCUGAUGGAGGAAACAAGUUCCAAGGCCCUAGAAGUGCAACAUCUAGAAGAAGAGCAUGAGUUGUUGAAAUCAGCUGCACAAAUGGCAUUUGAUGACCAACACACCGCUGAAUCGUACAUUGUGCAGCUCAACGAGCAAGUAGAUGCAAUAAGGAAUCAUCUUAUCGAAUUAGAGAGACAACGGGAUAUUCUCAUAAAGCCGUUGGGAGAGAAAAGGAGAAGCCUUGAGGAGGCUCUAUCUGCAGCAAAACCCGAGGCUGCAGGAAAGCUGAAAAAAUUGAAAGAGAUUGAGCUGGAAAUAGAAGCUGUCCUGUCUGAAACUAAAAAGAGGGAAGAGGAACAUUCUAAACUGUCAGCAGAUCUUGACAAUCAGCCCAAACUGGCAUCUAGAAGAUCCUAUAUUCAGCGCAUCACCGAGAUCACAAAGAAUAGUCGGAAACAGGAUGCAGACAUAGAGCGUAUUUUGAAAGAAACCAGGGAGCUUCAAUUGGAGAGUAAUUCUAUCCAAGAACGCCUACACCGAACAUAUGCAGUGGUGGACGAGACAGUUUUCAGGGAAGCAAAGAAAGACAUGGUGGGGCGGCAAGCUUAUAGGCUCCUAAGUAGCAUUCACGAGAGCUUUGAGCAGAUCUCGGAUAAAAUUCUGACCACCGAUAGACUACAAAGAGAGGCAGAUGAACACGAAGCCAAACUCUCAGCCUUGGCCCGCCGAAGCUUUAAUGUUGACAAACUAAAAGCUGAUCUUGAUGCCAUCAGGAGAGAGAAUGAGUUUCUAGAGCACCGCCUCUGUAAUUCUUAAAAUCCGAUGUUUUCUGAUCUCAUAGACCUUAUACCUGUAAUUGUAGAUCAAACUUACCUGCAAAAAAGGUGUUAUUUUGAUGAUGUAAAACCGUAUAGUCAUUGUAAGUGUUCAUUCAGAUUGACCAUCGUUCCCAUUGCUCUUCCCAUGUGUGAUGACUUUGCUUAGACGUAUCAAUUUCAAGCUUCUGGUCAU